AUGGAUACUGCAGCCCCCAGUGAGAAGGAAUCUCACUGCAAGGUGCAAGAUGACAAGCCAAACCUUGUCAUCUUGAAGGUGAAGUCGAUGACGAAGAGAGCGGACUCUCUUCGGGUGUUGGUGGACUCGGGCGCGUCGAACAACUUGUUCGACAGCAACAUCUGCCGUUGUUGGACUUCGAGGAGAAGCAUUACGAUUGCAACGGGUGCCAUCGUAAAGACCGAGAAGCGCGUUAUUCGCGCACGCUUCUCGUACAAAAACCGGGUGUUUGUGGAAGAACUUCUCGUCCUGGACUUGGACGACAAGUUCGACAUGGUGUUGGGCAUGCCGUGGCUUGCACGGCAUGAUACUAUUAUCGACUGGGAGAAGCACAGUGGCUCGCGCCGCUGUCUCUGGUCGCAGCGCGUGGAGCGCGCGAGCUGUAACGACUCCGGGAUAAAAAGAGUGUCUGGUCAGGGACCAGGCACUUCCAAGAAAUUAUCCGCCGUGCGGCGUCGAGGUGACACAAGCGUGUCGACUCCGGGAGUUAACCCGCGCUCGAUAUCAGAAUCGAGAAAGUUCUCCGCCGUGAGGCAUCGAGGUGACAACGGUGUGUCAACUCCGGGAGUUGCGACACACUACUCCGCCGUAAGGCGUAGAGGUGAUGACAAUGUAUCGACUCCGGGAGUCGAUGCGACAAGCUGUGUGGAUGGUUGCAAGAGUCCAGCACUGAAGCUUGCGUGCUGUCGUGCAGCCGGGCUUGAUGACGCGUGCCCACGGGUACAAGAACCCGCCGGCGGAAUCAAGGAACAUUCGUCCAUGGCCGGGCCUGGACGAAAUGCAAGUGAAUCCAGGAUUCACAAGGGGAAGCGACGGCGCAAGCACAACACAGUGCGCAAGUCUCGGUCUGGGACCGAGACUCUUCAAGGUAUGUCUGCCGGGCAGACACAAGAGCCGACAGUGGCCGUCGAGACGUUGAACGUCUUGACGCAGACCUGUACUGGGUAUCAGUACAGGAAGAUGGAGUUGGAGAAUCCUCCGACAUAG